AUGUCUUCUUCCACACUUCCUUACCAUGAGCCUGGAAUCGUGGACAUUCUUAUCUUCUCAUCGUUCUUGUUGCUCCUUAACGUUGUCAACUCCAUUAUAGAUCGCUACCUUUUCUGUGGUCUAAUCGGCCAGAUCUUGAUCGGUAUCGCCUGGGGUAUACCAGGAGCAGCGUGGCUAUCGGUCCCCUUACAAGAGACCAUAAUGCAGCUUGGAUAUUUAGGUCUCUUACUACUCGUCUUCGAGGGGGGACUUUCAACAUCUUGGGCCGCUCUCAAGUCGAACCUGCUGCUUUCUGUGGCUGUUGCAUCAACCGGCAUCCUCAUGCCCAUGGUCUUGUCCUUCUCCUUGAUUGGCAUCGCGAAUGCAACACCUCUCCAAGCCUUAGCUGCUGGCGCUGCUCUCUGUUCUACUAGCCUAGGUACUACUUUUACUCUAUUGAGCUCCAGCGGAUUGGUCACAAGCCGCUUAGGGGUUGUUCUGUCAAGUGCAGCAAUGCUUGACGAUGUAGUCGGCCUUGUCAUGGUCCAGAUCAUCUCAAACCUCGGCACUUCAUCUUCGUUCAGGGCAGUAACUGUUGUUCGACCAAUCUUGGUCUCUACGGCCUUCGCUACAUUGGUUCCAGCAGUCUGUCUUUUCAUUUGCAAGCCCGUCAUUCAUUCUACCUCCUUACUUCGGCAGCGCAGUAUCCCAAAAUGGAUGCAGUAUGCUCCGAAUCGCUCACAGCGGGCAUUUCUCGUCCACGUGCUACUCUUGAUUGCUUCCGUCGCUGCUGCUAACUACGCCGGAACCUCUAAUCUUUUUACUGCCUACCUAGCUGGCGCGGUCAUCAGCUGGUGGGACUCUGAGCAUGCUGCCACCCGGCAGACACACAACGACGAAUUGAACAUACCUGUAUCAGCCACUGCUUCGGUAACUGAUAGGAGAGAAAGCCGCAGUAUUAGUCCUGCCCCUGCACAGUCUCCAACGGGUAUCAAUGAAAAGAAGGUGACGGACGAGCAGCACGUAAUAAGUGAGAUUCCUACUGGAUCCAAAGUAUACAUUGAAUUCUUCGGAAGCGCGGUCCACCGAAUUCUGAAACCCUUCUUUUUCGCUUCCAUUGGAUUUUCUAUUCCAAUAUCGAAGAUGUUUUCCGGGUCCAUUCUCUGGCGUGGUAUCCUAUACUCCAUAUUGAUGAUGGUCGGAAAAUUUGCUUGCAGUCUCUGGAUACUGCCCCAUAGGGAGUGGUUCCUGGCACUUCGCACAGGUAAAUCUUCUGCUAAGCACCUCGGUAUCCAAGAUCUUUAUCCGUCCGCCAUCUUAGGAUUCGCCAUGGUUGCACGGGGCGAAAUAGGGUUCUUGAUCUCGUCAAUCGCGGAGAGCGAAGGCAUCUUCAGCGCCGACAAAGAUUCCCAGUCCAGCGCAGCUCCAGAACUAUUUCUAAUUGUGUCAUGGGCGAUUGUCCUAUGCACCAUCAUUGGGCCUGUCUGCGUCGGACUGUGUGUUCGCCAGAUUCAGUCUAAGAUGGCAUCCCAAGGAACGGAUAGACAAGAUGAGGACUUUGACAAUACAUGGGGCAUCUGGGGAAUGCUAUCAUACGCUUCCUUAAGGUCUGCAGGCAAUUCUUCCAGGCUUUGUGGACGUUUCGACAACGCCAUGGUGAUGGGCAAGGAAUGCAGCAAAGGAAACUACUAUAAUACGUCUCCGGCUUUGUCCGAAUUCUUUCAUUGGCUUCAGAGAGCCUUCAGCAGCGAUGCUCUGCGCAAGUAUGUCACUCCUAUUGAACCAGUGUCAAUUGUUUUAAGACUGAUCAAGCAUCCAGUCUCUGGAGAAGCACCUCAGGUGCCUGUCGCAUCACGAAAGAGUGGGACCAUUUAUGAAAAGCGUCUCAUCGAGGGCUACAUCAGCGAAAACGGCACCGAGCCUGCGACUGGGGAAGAUCUGACUGUUGAUGAUUUAAUCGAGCUACGAACGUCGCGUACAGUACGACCACGACCACCAACCCUCACUUCGAUACCUUCAUUACUUGGCGUGUUUCAAGAAGAAUGGGAUGCGUUGACCCUGGAGACAUACACGCUGAAGCAAAAUCUGGCACAGACAAGACAAGAGCUCAGCACAGCGUUGUAUCAGCAUGACGCAGCUGUUAGAGUCAUUGCAAGACUUACGCGCGAACGAGAUGAAGCACGAGAAGCGCUCUCGAAGGUUAGCAUUGGAUCAAGAGCUGCGCCAACCAACGGAGAUGCAAUGCAGGUAGAUAGUUCUGGGCUACCGGAGGCUUUAAUAGCGAAAGUGGACGAAACCAAAGCCAUGCUUGAGAAAACACGACGAAAAAGGCCCAUCCCCGAAGAGUGGGCAACUAGUGAGGAGAUCUCGACAUUCAAGCCGCAACGCACGUCUGAAUCUCUGUAUCCAGGAGGCAGAAUCCUGGCGAUCAAUGAGAAAGACGAUCUUGCCCUGGUGGGUGGUUCUGAUGGAAUUGCUGGCGUCUACUCGAUGUCAGACAACCGCGUCUUACAUGCCCUGAAGGGUGGUGGAGGGUCAAUUACGAGUGGUGUCUGGGCCGGCCCAAAGGCCGUGAUAUCGACCUCAGCUGGUAGAGUGAAGGUAUUUGAGCGACAGGAGGAAGCGGCGUCAUUCAGCACGCAUGCAGGCGAGGCCACUGCCGUGGCAUUGCAUCCAAGUGGUGAUAUUAUCGCAUCCGUUGGUGUGGACAAGAGCUAUGUUCUGUACGAUUUAACCACCUCCGCUGUUGCCACACAAGUGUACAGCAAUUCAGCUCUUGUUUGCGUACAAUUUCAUCCGGACGGUCAUUUACUGGCUGCUGGAGGCGAAGAUGGACAGAUCAAGCUCUUCGACAUUAAAACAGGAGCGCAAGCCGCUACCUUUGAUCUAAACGCAGCUCUAAAGGCACUCUAUUUUUCAGAAAAUGGAAUCUGGCUUGCAGCUGUCACAGACUCGUCGACUACUAUUUCGAUAUGGGAUCUGCGAAAGAUGGCAGAGAUCAAGAGCCUGGACACCGGGAGCGGCAGGAUUGAUUCAAUAAGCUGGGACUAUACUGGUCAAUUUCUGCUAACAGGGGGUCCCGGAGGUCUGACUGUUCAGCACUAUUCGAAGGCAUCCAAGGCAUGGUCAGAGCCGCUGAAGAGUGCAGUACCUGCGGUGGCAGUCGCUUGGGGGAAAGGAGCACACAAUAUAGCGGCGUUGGAUGAGGGAGGAGUGGUGACAGUACUUGGCGGGCCAUGA